AUGACCGAAGAUAAAAUUGAUGUUAUUUUUUGCGAUCGCUUUCUUUUAAAGCAUAUAAUAACCGGAUUUAGCAUGACAGAACCUAUUCGCAAUGCAUUUCGGGAACUUUCAACUGCUUAUUCAUUAGAUGAAGAACAAAUCACAUUAGUUUUUAUGGGCCAGCCAGUAGACCCGGAUAGCACCCUUAAUGAUAUUGAAUAUUUCAAAGAUGCAUUAAUUUUCGUUGAAUCAAAUGAAACUUUCGAAGUAGAAGGAUUCGCAACAGAGCCUAUAGAAGAAGAGGAAGCCACAGAUACAGAUUCUAAUGGUUAUGGCGAGCAUAACGAUGAUGAUGUCACAGAAAGAGAUUUUUCACAUAGUCCUAUUCAAGAAAUACUUGAUAGAGGCCAAGAAACGAAGAAAUAUCCUGUUAUGGUUACAUUGUCUCCUCUAGAAAGAAACGAAAGAAGUGAAAAUAUCGCUAAUAAUGGUCAACUUAUCGAAUGCUUCAUAACACAGCCAGAUAUCAUUGAAGGCAUCAUUGCCUCAUUAAUUAAUCCCGAAUAUACAGAAAAAUUACACGAUAAUAAAGCAAUUUUAGAGAAUUUUCUUGCAAGAUACAAACAUUUACCACAAGAAAUCGAACCAAUUACACCACAUGGAUAUAUUUCUGCAGAGCAAUUCAAUAUACUUCGCAGAAUUUGCCGUGGAGAUCAGCAAGCCCGAGAUUUGCUACAAGAGACUUUAGAAUCACAACGAAGAAACAACCAUCAUGAUAAUGAUCACGAUGAUCCAUUAAGUAUGUUCAUGGGAUUACUCAAUAAUUUCCGAGGCCGCCGAAAUUAUUCUGAUGACGACAAUGAUGACUACGACGAUCCUGAUGAUGACGCCGAUUCUGCAGAUAUCGAUGAUGAUUUUGAUGAAAUUUAUUAA